AAGCUAUUUAAGUCAUUUUCUUUAAUGUACGCGUAGCACUCACAUGAGACGGGUCAACUGCGCGGUAUGUUAAUUAUAAUCAACGCCCACUCCCCAUCAUUCUUAAUUUUAAACCAUCGUUUCUCACCUGUCAAACCCAACUGGCCAACCUCCCGUAUCUCUUCACACUGUAACUACUACCAUAUUUAUUCUAGAUAAAAUACUCAUCUCCACUGCUUGGUCCCUCUCAUUUCUCUCCAAAAAAUCAACAGUUUUCCUAGAAAUCGACAACAACCCGAUGGGAUCAGUGGCUGAUCGCGAUAACGGUGAAUGUAAACGAAGUAUUAAUAAGGGGAAACUCAAACCUUCAUCGUCAUCGUCGUUCCGUCUCCGUAGCCCGAGCCUGAAUUCUAUUCGUCUUCGCAGGAUCUUCGAUGUGUUUGAUAGAAACCACGACAGCCUGAUCAGCGUUGAUGAACUCAGCCAAGCACUCAACCUGCUCGGAUUAGAUGCCGAUCUAUCCGAGAUAGAAUCCAUGGUGAAGUCAUACAUUAAACCAGAGAAUACUGGGCUUAGAUUUGACGAUUUCGAGGCUCUACAUCGCUCUCUCAACGAUGUUUUCUUUGGAUCAAAAUAUGAGCAUAAUAUCGGCAUUGAUCAGGAUCCAGCUGCUCAGGACGAAUUGGAUCUGAAAGAGGCGUUUGAUGUCUUUGAUGAGAACGGUGAUGGCUUCAUAUCGGCUAAAGAAUUGCAAGUGGUGUUAGAGAAACUUGGAUUGCCUGAAGGCAGUGAAAUUGAUAGAGUGGAGAUGAUGAUUUCCUCAGUUGAUCAAGAUCAUGAUGGCCAAGUUGAUUUCUUUGAGUUUAAGGAUAUGAUGCGCACUGUUAUUGUUCCUUCAUAGUGUUAGUUUCUCGAGAGUUUCUCUGAGGUAUUGAUAAGAUCUACGUACAUCCUAUUCUCCGCAUAUUUCACUUUGUGGGACAACACUAUGUUGUUGUUGCAUAAUUUUAGUUUCUCUCUAUAUGUGAGGUUCUCCCCGACUAAAGUGACGUUACUUCUGGCUGUUUUUUUAAACUUGCUUUUUGUACUGAUUCUGCUGUAUCUACCUAUCUUUACAUGAUGUAAAAUUAUGCAUCUUUUAUGGGAUUUGUCAGUUCAGUUGAA